AUGGUUACGUUACGAUCGAAAUCGGCGCCGAGAAAGUCGAAAAGACUUGAAACAGCUUCAAAAAAGGUCGAAAAGGAGCAAAUAACCAAGAAGGUCAAUAAUGGGAAAUUAUCGAAAAAGAGCCGUGGUCGUGAAAAAACAACAGAAGAAAUCAAGGAAGAGUACGUAACUCCUCCUCCAUCGCGAGCUCCAUCUCCGCAAAGAUCGCCUAUUUAUAUACCUCAUGACGGUCCAGUGAUUCUGGACGUCGUCGUCUCCCGGAGAAACAAGCGGCAGCCAUCUUACAAGCCAAAGAACAACGAUUGGAUCAAAAAAUCAUCCAAGAUCGAAUUCGUCGGCCCAGAACGGCGGCUUUUCCGAGCAAGUGUUCAACGCCGAGGCCAUAAAAAGCAGCGAGAAUACAUUCUCGUGGACUACUUGUACAAGAACUCCUACAAGACAAAACUGCCGCCGAAGAACCUUUGGCUCGAUGAGCCGGACUACGAAUUCUUUCCGAUGCAGAAUGUGAAGGGGGACAACAAUAACGAAGUCCAACCAAAAGGGAAAAAAGAAUCCACAGCAAAAAAGGCAAAGUCCACUGCAAAAAAGCCACCAGAAUCUGAAAAGACGAAAAAAGCAGCUGCACCUCGGGCUAAAUCAGCUAACAGGACUGGCAAACAGACGAAAGAAAAGACCUCCAAACCUCAGCAAGUUAAGCAGCGAAGUAAAUCUGUUCCUAAAGUUGCUUCUACGCCAAAGAAAAAGACCUCACCAUCGGAAAUGAAAACACCAUCGAGGAAGCCUCGCAAGCCUCGGUCAGAAGAGAGGCCUACGAAAAAGGCUCUAGCCCGGAGAGAAUCCUCUUCGCCAAAGUUACCAGUUCCGUAUUCAAUCUUUCCAUCACCUCCUUCUGAAUCGCGAUCGACAUCCCAUACCAUGAGUUUGCCUCCGCCACCAAUCCACGUGCCAGAAGAUCCGGUGCACAUCCUGACAUCAACACCAAACACAAACGUUGGUAAGCCAAAGGCUUUUCGGCCGUGGCCGAUGAGAGUGCGGAAGCCCAUCCUUGCUGGUUCAGCUUCACCGAGAUCAACUCAUUCUGCUGAUCCCACUUCUCUCGACCUCCUCGUCAGAAAUAGACGACUAUCUGGCGUUAGCCACCCUGGUCAAUCAGACAUCGACGAAGAAGAAGAUUUCGACAACGAAGUGACGAUGUUGUCUCCAAGACGCGAGCGAAUCUACUCUCAACAAACUCCCGUUCGCCCAUCACAUUUCUCUGAACGACGCCUAUCUUCUCAUAGCCAGCCUGCUCCGCAACUAGGCCGAGUGCUUUCGAUGCCUCCUCCUGCGUCAAGCGGUUCCCGUUCUCCUUCAAUUUCCGUGAGCAGCCUUGGCUCUGGUACUCCUCGUAGAGUGCCUAACAAGCGAUGGGAUGCGAUUUACGCACAUAGAUCGCCACAAAAGAAGCUGCAUCAUUCGUUUUCCCAGCCGGCGAUUCUUCCCAGUAGCACUCGAUCGCUUCAUGGUGACUUUAUGUCGCAGACGGCCAGCUCGCAGCCUCAAGAGACCUCAACAAACAUUCAUCGUUCAGCGAACUCGAGUCGCGUUUCUUUCUCAGAAAGCCGCUUACGAACUCCAGUGAGCAAACGUAGGUCUCUCAAUCCUGACAUAACGCUGGAAGACGAAGAGGAGAUGAACGAAGAGGCUGAUUCUAUCCAACUCAAAGCGCGAACGCCAAAGUCCCGACCAGGCCGCAUCCCAACCAGCGACGCAAUCUGGGACGACGAGAUUAGUAAAAUAAAGUUCUGA